AGAUCGAAAAUUAUAUAAACUGGGAUUAAAAGGAUUUUAUGUUAAAGAUGACAAUGACAGUACAGGGGAGGAACAAGCAUCUGAGGAGGAGAACCGUUGUCCCAACGUGACAUUAAAGGUGGAUACUAAUCAUGCUCUGGACCUGGAAGAAAUUGAACUAGACUCGGAGGCCGAGCUUAUGAAGAGUAUGGGAUUGCCUCUUCAGUUCGGUGGGCAGUCUGCCCACAGGGACUUUUUGGUAACAGAAAAUUAUAGAAAGAGAAGUAACAUGAAGAUUAAGAAAAAGAAGAAGAAAAAAGAGUUACAGCAAAAACAUGAGGAUAAAAUGGGUCAGAAAUGCCAGGAUCGAGCCUGUGGUGGUUAUAUCCAGUCCGUUUCUGGUGAGCCGGCCCUAGCUACGGAGCAACAUGAGAACAGCAGCAAACCUCAGGUUAUAAGUGAAGGGAAUUGUGAAAAUUCAGAAAGUCUUGCAAAUGAGGCUUUACCCAGCGAACUUAAAGAAAAAUGGGAGAAGUACUGGAGUGAGUAUGGAGAGGGCCUUCUUUGGCAAAGUUGGAUGGAGAAGCAUCAAGAGGUCUCAUCAUCCGAGGCCACCACAGCCUCUGAGCCUUGGAAUAGUCCAGACACCAGGGAAGAGUGGGAGCAGCAUUAUAGCGAACUGUACUGGUAUUACUGGGAACAGUUUCAGUACUGGACAAGUCAAGGAUGGACUAUUGUGAGCUCAAACGGUGGCAACGUGGAAGCUAAUGGAGCUACCCAGGAGACAGGUCUUUUGGGAAAAAUGGAGUCGGUUAGCCCAGGGGCUGAACUUGGUGAAGUGCUGAGUUUGGAGCUGUCUGCCCCUAACACCAGAAGUGAGGAAACACCACCUUCAAGUGCCGAGCCCCACAGUGAAAUAAUCUCUGGGAUUUGUAAUUUAAAUCUGAAUUUGGAGGAAGCAGAGCAGAACAGUGCAGCUCUAACCGUAGCCCACCAAGGUCCUCAAGAGUGUAGUUCGUCUGACAGUGAAAGCCAGAAGGAGCCCUGUGAUGGAGGAACCAGGAAAAGGAGUGCAUCUUGUGAAAAUAAAAGUAUUAACCAGUCAGGUUCACAGGGAUCAUGUACUUCAAAUUCAAAUGAUAAAGAACAGUUGCAGCUUCGUGACCAAAACAAAGAUGAGGAUGAAGAGCCUCCUGAAUACAGACAUGCCAAAGUCAAAAGAAGCCAUGAACUGGAUGUGGAUGAGAACCCAGUGGAAGAUCCUGAGGAAACUUGCUCUGUUUUGGGUUUCAAGCGUGGCACAGGACAAAAGUAUGGUGGAAUUCCAGAUUUCACCCACCGAAGUGUGCAGUACUUGGAGAAGAAAGCAAAACUCAAGUCCAAAUACUUGGAUAUGCGUAAAGCAAGGAAGAGCAAAAACACACACAUCUUCUUUACAGAGGAAUGUGAAACAUCUUGCAAAAAAAAUAAAACUGUGAAGAAGGUGGAAGAGUUCCUAAAGCGGGUUAAUAAACCUGAGGAGGAAGCCACAUCUGAGACCGUCUCCUGUCAGGGUAAAGCAGAGGCAUUGUCUGCGAGCAGCGACUCAGAGGAUCAGGAAGGUAUUCCUGCCACACCAGCUGUGACGCUCAGUGCUGAAAACCAAAAGCCACCAUCUUCCAGUGCGACUUUCGUGGAACCUGGAGGGGGUAGCCCUGAGGAGGAAGCACAGGACGCAGCAGCGAGUGGCUCCAAUGGCAGGGAUGACGAGAGGCAGGAGCAUGGCCACGGGCGGCAGCUCGUCUCUCUGGAUAUCCCUGAUUACCUCCAGGCAGAGACGGAGGACGUCAGCCAAGCUGUAGAUGAAAAAACUACUGCAAAGAAGAAGGAGAGAAAAAGGAGAAGAAGGAACAAAAUUGCACUGAGAGCUAUACCUGCCGAAAUUUCUGCUGAUCCAGAGCUGGUCAAGUACUGGGCGCAACGCUACCGGCUGUUCUCUCGUUUUGAUGAGGGAAUUAAACUAGACAGAGAGGGUUGGUUUUCUGUUACUCCUGAGAAAAUAGCUGAGCAUAUUGCUGUCCGCGUUAGCCAGUCAUUCAACUGCGAUGUCGUAGUGGAUGCCUUCUGCGGGGUUGGAGGAAACGCUAUUCAGUUUGCGUUGACCUCCAAAAGAG